CCCUGCUGCCAUGCUAGCUGUUGUCCUGCAGGCGGAGGCCACUCAGGCCAGCGUCAGUCUCAUGGUGGGAGGAGGCGCAUUGUUGACAUUAGUUAAAGAUCCCACUCGUUACCCUGUCGUUCACUCUCCGCGGUCAGCGUUUCUACCCCCACGUUUGUGCUCGUCCGCGCGGCCGGGAGAGGAGAAGCCGGGCGGAAUAGAGGACGCCAGCGAAGCUAAAAGAUCAGCGCCCUCGGAGACUACCCGGGCAGCCCUCUCAGCUGGCUCAGCAAUGGUUGCCUGUGGAAACCAGGGGAUGUGGUCCCAGCGAGGGUCGCCGCUCCAACUACGGAUGACCCCUUGACGCGGUGGACCCUGUCGACUUCCCGCGGCGAUGGAGAGUCGUCGUCACUUGCUGCCCCUUGCGCUGGCUGUACUGGGGUUUUUCAGCCCCUGUGUGACCCCACUGACUUCCAGGGUCUCCUUCUCCCUAGGUAGCCCCGGGAGACAACUCACCCGCUUCGGCAGCCCCGACGUGGGCAACACCACCACACUGCUGCUCAGCGACGACGGAGACACGCUCUACGUGGGAGGGAGGGAUGCGGUGUUAGCGCUGGAUGUUAGGCUCGAGGACACUAUGGUACUACGGAACAAGCUGGACUGGAGCCCUUCAGAGAAAGACCUGGACCAAUGUUCUAUGAAAGGCAAGAAAAUGGCGGACUGCCCCAAUUUCAUCCGCGUGCUGCAGUUCCUGAACGCCACCCACAUCUACGCCUGCGGAACAUUCGCCUUCAGCCCGCGUUGCAUCUACAUUAACUCUGAGACGUUAGCGGUGAGCCUCAAGUCUGACGAGGGACGGGGUCGCUGUCCCUAUGACCCUUACCAGCGCAACACAGCUAUCAUCGUAGAUGGAGAGCUGUACACGGGCACGGUGGCCGACUACAGAGGCAACUGGCCGCUAAUCUCCCGCCACCUCAGCGAGGGCACCCGUGUGGACCUAAAGUUGGAUGACAGCCUGGGAUGGCUGGAGGAUCCAACUUUCAUCAGCUCCACUUUUAUUCCUGAUGAGGGAAAAAUCUACUUCUUCUUCAGCGAAGUGGGCAGAGAGUACGACUUCAUCGACAAGUUUAUUGUGUCCCGUGUUUCCCAAAUCUGCACGAGUGACAUCGGGGGCCAGCGGACGCUUCAGCGGCGCUGGACCACCUUUGCCAAAGCUCAGCUGCUGUGCCAGGCGGACAACGAGCUGCCCUACAACGUGAUCCAGGACAUCGACAGCCUCCCGCCGGCAGAGGGCGCGCCUACAGAUGACACGCUCUUUUACGGCAUCUUCACCUCUCAGUGGUCCGUCAACUCGGGGCUGUCAGCAGUAUGCUCGUUCCGCUUGUCGGACAUCAGGUCGGCCUUCUCGGGCAACUACAAGGUCCUGAACCGUGACACGCUUCAAUGGAGUAUGCGGGUGCAAGAGAAGGUUGCCAAUCCAGGCGAGUGCGGCCUGCACAACGCGUCAGACAACGCUCUGCGCUUUGUCAAAGAAAACUUCCUGGCUGACGACAGCGUGCGGCCGACGGGGAGGAGUUUGACCCUGGUGUCCGCUGAGCACAUCUAUAGCCAUCUGAGUGUCCAGAGGGUCCGGGCGUCCAACAGCGUGGACUACACAGUCCUCUUUCUCCUCACAGAGUCGGGCUACCUUCAUAAAGCGGUACUGCUGCAGAGCGGCGCCCACGUCGUGGAGGAGGUGCAGGUUUUUGAGAAAGCACAACCUGUGAAGAGCCUGAAGCUGUCUGUACCCAAGGGCGUGGUGUAUGUCGGUACAUCAGAGGGCGUGCUCAGACUCCCAACAGCCAACUGCUCUUUCUACUGGACCUGUGCUCAGUGUGUCUUGGCCCGAGACCCUUUCUGUGGGUGGGAUCCUUCCCUCGGGGCCUGUGUGACGGUUACUGGUGCCCACGUCAAUCUCGGCCAGGACAUAGAGCACGGCAAUGUGGUUCAGGCGUGCAAAAGUGUUGCAUUAACACCCAGGGCCCGGUUUGGACCCAAUAACAUGCCUGCAGCUUCCUGUCCCACAGGUGAGCUGGUGUCGGUGUCUCUAAACGAGGUGGUGCGACUGCAGUGUCCCGCCGCGUCCCGCCUGUCUCGCCAGUCCUGGGAGCGGCCAAACAGCCGCCUGUCCUCUGAUUUAUACCUGCACCUGGAGGAUGGCAGCCUGAGCUUCGUGGCCACUCCGGCCACGCUGGGACACUACCUCUGCCUGUCCACGGAGAACGGCUUCCAGCAGACGAUGGCCAUCUACCACGUCAAACAGAAGAGCAGCCCCCUGCCUCAAACGCCCACCAAGCGGGGAUGGCCCCAGACGAUCCCCUCGCCUACCGAGUGGGAAGCCAGGCCCAGGAGGACAGAGUCCAAGCAGGCCGAGCCCACGCUGACCAGCGGGGACACUCAGGUGACCGCAGGGCAGCUGGGCAGUAACUUCACCCUGUGGAUGGUGAAAACGGCGCCCAAAGAGGCCGCCUUCCGAGACGGGGAGCCGCUGAUGUCAGGAUCGGCUCCCUGUUACCUGAAGGAGCUGGUGGUGGUGUCCAUCCUCUUGGUGCUGUGCCUCAGCCUGCUUCUCACCGUCCUGCUCUACGGUGCCAAACAGCGAUGGCGCAGUCGAACCGUCCCGCACGCGCCAGGCACCCCCGGGCCAGACCUGGACAGAAGGACCCCUGUGGAGCAUGAGGUCCUGCGGGGGAGCCCGUCUCAAAGAAAAUGCAACGGACACAUGCAGCAUGGCGGACCGGCCAGUGGGGUGCUCUGUAACGGAGCGCUCACGGGCUCCAACGGCCACUUGCCCAACACGCCCAUCUGAGUGAGUAUUACUGCUGACUGUUGGGAACGCGAUAGUACGAAGGACUGCGGUACUAAUGUCAACACAGCGGCUUUGUUGCUACGAAGGAAUAUUAGGGCCACACUGACAAGGGAAAAAGUUUUAAUAUGAGGAAAAAUAAUAAUAAUUUGCAAGAAUAUAAUACCUUUGUAAAGUAGUUACCCUUAUCAUUGCAAAUAUUAAAUAGCACUGCCAUUCUUUUGUGCUGUGAAAAUUUACGUCCGGUUACGGUUUUUAAGUUAUCAUAAAAUACAUUUUCUGACUAGUGAUGUGUCAUCGAGCCCUCCUUGUCAAAAUCUCCCCAAACGUGUUCCAUUCGUUUGUGCUGCAAAAAUGUUUUGCUAAUAAACUAUCAUAUUAAACUACUAGUUUUUAUGUUAUUAAUGUUUUAGUAUUCAUAACCAGUGACCCCCACCUUGUCAAAAUCUCCCCAAACUUCUCCCAAACGUUUGUGCUGCAAAUUUUGUUUGUCUUACUAUGAAUUUUUAUGUUUACAUUUUAUAGUUUUAAUGUUACUAACGUGUUGUCAUCCAUAAUUAGCUCCAUAACAUAAAAACUGUAAUAGUUAAACUAUUUUUCUUUGCAGCACUAAUGUAGCACAAACAAAUGUGGCAGGUUUGGGAAGAUUUUGACAAGGUAGGGGGGUUGUUUGUAUAUAAUAGAACUUUAAUAACAUUAAAACUUUAAUAAGCGGUACAAAAAUGGAUGGAUGGAUAGACAGAAAAUGUUUGCAGCACAAACGAGUGGGACCGGUUUGGGUGAUUUUUCGGCAGUGUUAUUUUAAUAUUCGCAAUGAUAAGGGGCCCAAUUUUACAUAGGUGAAUAGAGUCAUUGUUAUUAGGCAGAAAAAUUUGAAUGUUUAAUAAUUUUUUGUAGAGAAAUGUUUAAAUAUUAUGAGAAAAACAAUAUUGUUAAGUAUGUCCUUGUCCUAAUAUUAAUACUUUAUUCUUAUAAUAAUUUGACAUUAUUCUCAUUAAAUUGUGAUUCAUGUAGUUGUUGUCAAUGUAUUCUUGUAAUAUUUGUACUUUAUUCUUGCAAUCACAGCGCUAUUUCAUGACUUAAUUGUUGUAUUUAUUUCUCCUUUCAUUCAGUGUGGCCGUAAUACAACUUUUUUUGUUUCCCAAGAUGCCGAGUGGUUGCAAUAUAAAUGUUUUUAAUACGUUUUUGAUGCCAUGUGACUGCUACAGGUACACUUUUUUAACAGAUAAUGAUACAAAGCGCCAGAGUUUAGUAGGAUUCUGUUCAAUGAAAAAAGUAAUGUAUUAGUUUUUGUGGGAUUCAUUCCUAUGGAGCCUAAUUUUUGUUGUAUGAUUUCCUACUAAAUUCCUGUGUUUAUAAUCAUUGCAACAGCAGCUGUCUAAACUACGGAUAGCUUUGCACAUGUGCCUUGGCCACACUAAGGAAUGACACUUUUGGACCCUAUAAUAAUGUGAUUAUUCAACCACUUCAAGUGCACACAGUCUUGUGAAUUUUAAACAGUUUUAAUGUUGUGAAUCAGGGUGAAUGUUAGUGGACAUUUACACUUCUCUGUGGUGAAUCAGGACCAAAUAGUUUGUACUAGUCGGGAUUCUGUAGGGAUUUUUGUAUGCCUUCGUCUUGCCUUUUUUUUUAGGACAAGCAUCACUUGUUCUCACCACGACACAUUCCCAUUGUGGUGUGUUGGGUACUGUGUUUAGAAAUGACCACUCGCAGAGUUCAUUAAAGGCAUCAGCCUCAAAA